CGUAAACAUAAAAUUAAAAAAAAUGUUUUGAUGUACAAUGCGGAAUAAAUUUGAUGACAGCAGACAGAGACAUUGAUGUUUAUUUUGAAGAAUAACUGUGUUAAUGAGAAGAUAAAACAGAAUAAACAUGCAUAAAUGUUUUAAGUGCGAGAGACAGUUCACAAGAAAAGUGUCUUUGCUUUUACACAAAAAAGUUCACAACCCAAAGCAGCAUCGAUGUGAUUUUUGUCAAGAACUGUUUGUGUCUGUGUCUGGUAUUUUAUUGCACAUGAAAAAGCACAUUGGUGAAACAUACCGGUAUUCCUGCCUAAAAUGUAAGGAGCAAUUUCCAAAUUCUAGGCAAUAUAUUGUUCACUCAAGAAGAUGUAACAAAAGCCAAUAUUGUUGUCAUAAAUGUGAUACACAGUUCUUUUCGAAGAUUUCUCUACACAGACACAAUGCGGCCCAACAUUUUUGUGACAAAAAGGAGUAUGCUUGCUCUAUUUGUAAAGCAAAGUGUGACAGUAUUGCAGCCUUCAAUGUACACAGAAUGGUUCAUUUUUCGAAUCCCUACUACUGCCGCAUAUGUGGAAAAACUAUAAGCUGCAAAAAAUACAUUUCGCAUAUGAAAGAUCACGAUGGUAAGGUGGGCAAGUUUUCAUGCCAUAUUUGUGGGAAAUCAUUUACAGAUCAGAGCUAUUGUAACACGCAUAUUGAGGCCCAUGGAAAUACAAAAUCAUAUGAGUGUGAUAUGUGUGACAAGAAAUACUCAAUUGCUAAGUCAUUAAAGGUGCACAAACAAACUCACUGUAGUGAUAAUCGCCCAUCGAAGCCAUGCAUCUGUGAGGUAUGUGGUUGUAGUUUCAAAACAUUAUCACUCUUGAAGGCACAUAUGACUGUUCAUACAGAUUUAAAGCCGUUUGCUUGCAAAGAAUGUGACAAAGUGUUCCGGACAUCUGAUAAUCUGAGAGAGCACGAGAGGAGACACAAGGACAUCAAACCUUUUUCAUGCAGCUUUUGUCAGAAAGCCUUUAAAACAAAGAGUGACUGCAGAAAGCAUGAAAGAAUCCAUACAGGUGAAAAUAGAAAGGCAUGCCCCUUGUGUGGAAAAGUAGUAUCAAAGUUGUCCAGUCAUAUUCGAGACGUACAUGUUAGUCGUGAAAAAACGCACAUGUGUUCUUUGUGCGAUAAGGGAUUUUAUACAGCAGGAGAUUUGAGGGUCCAUGUGGACAGGCAUAAUGAAGCCACCACUGAGUGCAAAAUAUGUGGAAAGAAACUUAAAACCGUUUCUCUAGACUAUCACUAUGCACAUGUUCAUAAUGAUGUCAGGAAUUUUAAGUGUAAGUUUUGCCAAAAGACCUUUAAAAGUCAAAUAGUGUUAAAAAAGCAUGAAAAAGAGCAUGAUGGGAGGAAACACAAAUGCGAUGUUUGUAUGAAAAUGUUUGUGAGGGCAGCUCAUUUGAAGAGUCAUAUGCUUACACAUUUAGAUUUGAAACAAUUUGAGUGCAAAAUUUGUAGCAAAGAGUUCCGGUUUUCAGAAGGUUUGCGCUCUCACAUGAAAAGGCAUUCAGGUGUCAAGGAGCACAUAUGCCAAAUUUGUAAUAAGGAUUUCUAUGACAAAGGGGAUUUGAAGAAACAUAUGAAAAUUCACACUGGGGAGAAAUCACACUCAUGUACAUAUUGUGACAUAUCUUACACAGAGCUGAGGACUUUAAAGCACCAUAAUGCCCGAUUCCAUGCAGACAAGCCCGGACUCAAAGCUAAGCUCCAAAGGGGUGCUAAAUCAAAGAAAUCGUAUGAAUGUAGCAUUUGCAAAAAGAGUUUUCAGACUAGUUCUGGUUUGAAAAACCACAGUGAUUCAGUUCAUGGAGAAAAUGUGGAAUGUCUGCAAUGUGGGGAAAGUUACAAAACAAAGAAAACAUUGAAAGUGCAUAUGACUUUAAUGCAUGGCCUUCGAGUAAAUAAAGACUCACCUUGGAUUUGUAAUAUAUGUGACAUAUCAUUUAGUACAAAAGGAUUUUUACUUAGACAUGAGGAGGAAAAACAUCUCAAGGGAAAAAGCAAAAAAUGCCCGUCAUGUGAUAAGACAUUUUUUGUGGAUCAUAAACUUCGGCAGCACAUGCUUGUCCAUCCAGAAUUUCAGUUUUCCUGUGAUACUUGUGGGAAAAAGUUCAUGUCUGAGAAAUAUUUCCAACAGCAUGUAGCCAAUCAUAUUGUCAAAGGAUGUUUGUUGUAAUUAUCAAGCAUUGGCAAAUGUAUAUAUAUUUUGUGUACAGAAAAAAUAGUUUGUUUAUUGUUUGUGCAGACAAUACGCCUUGUAAACUUAUGAAGUAUUUCUUGUCUAGUCAAAAUAGUUGGUUUAUUGUUUGUGCAGACAUUUCACCUUGUAAACUUAUAAAGUAUUUCUUGUCUAGUCAAAAUAGUUGGUUUAUUGUUUGUGCUGACAAUACCCCUUGUAAACUCAUGAAGUAUUUCUUGUCUAGUCAGAAUAGUUGGUUUAUUGUUUGUGCAGACAAUACCCCUUGUGAACUUAUGAAGUAUUUCUUGUCUAGUCAAAAUAGUUGGUUUAUUGUUUGUGCUGACAAUAUAUAUACCUUGUAAACUUAUGAAGUAUUUCUUGGCUAGUCAAAAUAGUUGGUUUAUUGUUUGUGCUGACAAUACCCCUUGUAAACUUAUGGAGUAUUUCUUGUCUAGUCAAAAUAGUUGGUUUAUUGUUUGUGCAGACAAUAUACCUUGUAAACUUAUGAAGUAUUUCUUGUCUAGUCAAAAUAGUUGGUUUAUUGUUUGUGCAGACAAUAUACCUUGUAAACUUAUGAAGUAUUUCUUGUCUAGUCAAAAUAGUUGGUUUAUUGUUUGUGCAGACAAUAUACCUUGUGAACUUAUGAAGUAUUUCUUGUCUAGUCAAAAUAGUUGGUUUAUUGUUUGUGCAGACAAUACACCAAGAACGAAGUGUAAACUUAUGAAGUAUUUCUUGUCUAGUCAGAAUAGUUGGUUUAUUGUUUGUGCUGACAAUACCCCUUGUAAACUUAUGGAGUAUUUCUUGUCUAGUCAGAAUAGUUGGUUUAUUGUUUGUGCUGACAAUACCCCUUGUAAACUUAUGGAGUAUUUCUUGUCUAGUCAGAAUAGUUGGUUUAUUGUUUGUGCUGACAAUACCCCUUGUAAACUUAUGGAGUAUGUCUUGCAUAGUGGCAAUAGUUGGUGUGUUGCUUUGCAGACAAAACAUGUAACUUUAUUGGUGGCGAUGGUUGGGUGCCUAGCAUACUGGACUCUGAAUCAGAGGGUCAUGGGUUUGAUCCCCACUCUCAGUUUUGUUGAUGAUAGUACUGGUUUAUAACCCAGGAAUGGUAAAUGGUUCUUAAUCACAUGUACAUAGAAGAUUAUUAAAACUGUACAUAUGUUCAUCACUAAAAAUCUCUACAGAGUUUAUAUUACAUCUUCUUGAUCGUCAAUGAUGAAAACAUUAAAAAUAUUACCUUUACUCUAGUUAAAUGUGGAUGGUUGGUGACCCAUAUAUUUAUGGUAUCAUUUUAACGUGCUUUGGUUACUAAUGAUUGCCAUUGAAUACAUAAAAAAAUGACCGACAAAAGUAUAGAUAUUGCAGCCCUAUUUCAAAUGAAAUCCGUUGUGAAGUCAUUUAUUGUGUAAGCUAUCAAUGCUAUGAUAAUUUAAAUAGAAAUGAAUUUAUUAAAAUUGGUAUGAUUUUAACAUUAUAUUCAUGUCUUUUGAGUAUUCAUUGAAUCUUUCCAACUGAUACCAACAGUAAAUUGGUCCACCAUGCAUCCUAAAUUCAAAUAAUUGUACAUUAAAUAUAAGAAUAUAUUAUUGUGGCAGGGGCUCUCCAAAAGCUUGUCUAGCAGGGAAAAUGUAAGUUACUGUGUUUGUAAUAUUGUAAUUCUUGUUGAUUACUGUUGAUUAAAUGGAUCAGGAAUUUUGAUGCUAUUUUAGAUUUAUGUAAGAAGACUUUAUAUUUUCAAAGUUGAAUGAAUUGUAUAUACACAUAGGAAUUACAGAUUGUAUUGUAGAAAAUGACAAACUUUUUUGUCGGGCUAAAAAAUAAAGUAUUAAAAUAUUUUUUAUUAUUGAUAAACUAUUGUCAUAUAUGCAGUUGAAUA